AUGAGACCCACCGCCUGGAGAAGAGAGAGGACACAACGCAAGAGGUAUGCUAGACAGCAGAGACGUCUAGAGCUAGAAGAACAUGAUAGAGAUUUGACGCACCUUGAGAUUCUCCGGGUUGCUUUCAGGUUCUUCAACAAUUUCAAGAGUCUUGUGGUCAAUAACAUCUUUAGCUCCGAGCAAAGCAAGGAGAGCAGGGAAUUCUUCAGUCAAUUAAAACACGAAGAAGCUUUGAGGAUUUUAGAAGUCGAGCUCGGUUUGAUCUAUGAAGGUUUAUACACAAAAGUCUCGGUUCUUCAUACUUGGAUUCGAACCAUAGCCUUGGGAUCUCUUCUGUCAGCCUUCUUCAUCUUUCAUUAUAGACCCAAGAAAAGCCACGAGUUUCAUGGAGCCGAUGUUGUGAUCACCUACACUCUGUUCUUAGUUGGAAUAGCUCUGGAUUUUGUAUCUAUCCUCAUGGUCCUGCCAUCCGACUGGACAUUUGCUGUCGUCAGGGUUUCACAGAUAGACCCCGCACUCAACUGGUUCCUUGGUUUAAAGAAGCUGCACUGGAAGAUGCAAAAAUGCUGUAUGGGAGUCGAGCACGAGGUUCUUCACACUCCGUUUCUACUCCAAAGGAAGCCUCAACCUGUUCAACUUCAUUACAUACUCUGUGAAAGCAGCAGAUAUAGAGAGAAUCCAUGGCGCCAAAGGUAG